UCCCUUCAUCAUCGUGCGUCGUCCUUCGUUCCAUCUCCUUCCCCCCUUUUCUCGUUCUCUCCUUUUCCCUCGUUCAUUCCGAGCGUCCCCUCCUUAGACCGUCGUCGUCUCAUCGGCCGUCGGCUCGUUAAGGUUCGUCACCAUACGACCAUCUUCGGUAACGCUCGGCUCUACACGUUCGCCAACUGCGACAAACUAAAAUUCAUUUGCGAGAUACAGAAGAUCCCUUCCAUUCUGUUAGCAAACGAAUUCUCUAUCUUCGUUAAAGAGAUAGAAUAGAACAAAGUUCUCUCUCUGUCGUGCUUUAACAAGUUUAUGACUUUCCAUGUUUGAUGAGUGGCGGCCAUGCAGACAGGUGCGGCCGCUGGAACCCCACGACCGGUGGUAAUACGAACAGCGCCGCCAAGCGACGGCUCCUUUCAGUUUCGGACAAGAUGGGCGAAUCUCGCCGGGCAGUAGCUUAGACUCUACCUACAAGACAACACAGUUUAAAUGUUUCCUAACGAAAAGUAACGAUUAAACAUUGUAAUUUAUUUUAUUUAGAGGGGAAAUAAGCUAUAUAUUUUUCUAUCGUGCCGUUAUUAAUAGUGCUAUUCCCGAAAUUCGUAAAGAAUAAGGGGGGAGAAUUGAAGAACAGAAAAGAGAGGAAACGGAAUCCGCGAGUGGCGAAAGAACGCACGGACGUGACGGACAAGGGAAAGUACGUAAAGGAUAAAAAAAGUGCUAUCGUUCGGCGUAAGAGACGGAAAGCAAAGUGGUGCUAGCAUAUAACGGAGGACGAGUAAGAAGGUAAUACAGUAUAUGGAAUCGAGGUGAUAUUGCGACGCCUAACAACGAAGACGGUCACAAAGGCGCCGCCGCGGACCACAACGGAAAGAUUGACGAGGAAGGUUGGUGUAUACGAGACGACGAAAAAAAUAGUCGUCGGGACAAUUAAAAAGCGGAGAAGAACGAUUGUAUUACGAAGACACACUAGCCGUCGCUAAGGCUGAAAUCAACGGCCAAGUAGGCGGAUAAUCUCGCGUACUUUUGCUCUCUCUCCUCUCUCCCCCUUACAACUCGUUCGAUAUCUUUCUUCUUUCUCUUUCUCUCACACUACCUAUCUUUCUUGCGUUCUCUCUCUCUCUCUCUCUCUCUCUCUCUCUCUCUCUCUCUCUCUCUCUGUGUGUGUGUGUGUGUGUGUGUCUCUUUCUCGUACACGCGCGUACAAUUACACAUACUCACUUCGUGUCCGCUCAACGCGGCUGGCCUAGGCUCUCGCCGGUAUUGUGCGUGUGUUAAACAACGACGUGAAGUAAAGUGUAAAAGAAGUUUAAUAGUAGUUUAGUAGUAGUAGUGUGAAGAGUGUACGAUCGACACACCCUCUUGACGCUCGUCAUCCGUUUGCAUCGCCAUCGGCUCGGUUUUCUCUACCCUUUUUUUCCUUUGUAUUUCUCCCUCAUCUAUCAUUCUUUCGGUCUUUACAUAUCUCAUUCUUCGCAUCUCGCGCAUCUUGCGCGCGUAUGCUUUCUCGAAUACAUAAGUCGCGUAUCGAGUACGUAUAUCUAUAUACACACACAUUCUUACAGCAUCGUACGAUAGUAGCAGACAGAGCGCGCUGACGCUCGCGCGCGCGACUCGUCCCCUUUGCACCGUCCAAUCUCUCUCGUUCUCUCUCUCUUUCUCUCUCUUUCUUCCUUGGUCUCACCCCUCCGUCCCUCUGUUCGUACUGCCAUCGCCCUUUCCACCGUCCUCUCCCACUCCUCACCACGGUGCAAAGUGAUUUAUCGUUCUCGCUCGUCGCGUUCGGUUUCGUCGGUGCGUUAAAGGCUCUAUUGUGAUCCCCGUAACCAUACGCGCCGUACCACUGACGUCUCAUCUUCCUUCUUUACCCUAUACCAUCCCCGAUUUCGUCUCUCCAGACGAUAGCCAUCCAUCCAGCCGGUGGCGAGCCACCGCGCGUCUUGUCUCGUCGCGUCUCGUCCAUUACCGUCCUUCACCUCCUCCAUCUUCUCCUCCAUCUCUGGCAGUGCUGCCUCCCCCUCUCACUAGCUCGACUGUAUCCCCCUCUUCUUAUUAUCGGCCGUGCGAUCAGGGGGAGUACGACACGAGAUAUACGACAUUCCGCCGAGCCGUGCGACGGUGCUCUCGGCCGCGUCGUGGCGCGCGUGGUAUCGAAGGGUGUGCAGGUGAGCGGGCACGUGAAGCAGCCGCAUCUUUUCCGUGUACGUAGAAAGCACCGAAGCCGAGGAAGGUGCGCCUAAGAAACUGUUUCCUGCUGUUGCUGUCAGGGAGGGGAAAGGGUGGAAGAGCAACGAGACUCGUUGGCGACCGAUUUGCCAAGACGAAGUGCACGCACUCACAGCGAUAGCUAGUAGUGGUACACCAUCGCCACCUUCACCAUUAAAACUAUUACUGCUAUUUACUACUACUACUACUACUACUACUACUAGUAUUAGUACUACACAUAGCUACAGUUACAACUACAACUGUUACCAGAGCAUCAUUGUUCCAAACUGCUAGAAACUACAUACCGCUAGCAUGUCCGUCAGAAUGGAAAACGUUGCCGCGCCGAGAAAACUCAACUACAAGAUGAUGGGGACGAACGGUCCACGACCAACAUACGUCGGCGCUAACAACGGUAACGCCGGUGGAGGCGGUGGAGGCGCCAACGCCGGAGGCGUGGGCGUGGGUCCUACAAGCGGCGGCGGCGGUGGCGGAGUCGGUGGCGGAGGCGGCGGUACUACGGCUAGUAGUGGCGGCGGUGGAGGUGGCCACGGGGGCGGCGCUGGCGCCGGCGCCGGCGGCGGAUUGAAGGGCAACGCGACGGGAGGAGCGGCCGGGGGCGGCGGUGGAGGUGGUGGUGGCGGCGGUGGUGGCGGUGGCGGUGGACCACGAGGAGGGAAUCCGGUGCAGUACCGAGCGAGCGGCGCCGCCGCAGCAGCUUGGGGCGCGGCGCCGUCGCACGCCGCCGCGGCUGCGGUGGCAGCAGCGGCCGCCUAUCCACCUUACACCCGCUAUCCGAGUGCCGCCGCGGCGGCUGCCGCAGCGGCACAGGUACCGGUCGGUGCGCAACCGUUACCGCCCUCUGCCAACCCUUACGCCACCGCCCCCUACGCUCAGCACGUCUCGUAUGGUGGACAACGGGUACCUACAGCCUCGUCACCAGCCAAUACUACCAGUAGUUCUAGCAGUGCCACUGGCAGUCAAAGCGGUGCAAUGAGCACGAGUAUGAGCAAUAAUGCUAUGCAAGGGCAGCAGGCGGAACAGUUAUCAAAAACAAAUUUAUAUAUACGUGGCCUCAACCAAAAUACAACAGAUAAAGACCUUGUUAAUAUGUGUUCUCAGUAUGGAACUAUAACUUCCACGAAGGCAAUAUUGGAUAAAACAACAAAUAAAUGUAAAGGUUAUGGCUUUGUAGACUUUGAGUCACCGGUGGCGGCAGAGGGUGCUGUGAAAGCACUGGUCGCCAAGGGCAUCCAAGCGCAGAUGGCGAAAGUGGGUAUCUGGUUGCUCCGUAGACUGGCAAGUGUACGUUGGUUGUGCAUGCAACAACAGGAACAGGAUCCUACAAAUCUGUAUAUCGCAAACCUGCCAUUGAACUUUAAAGAAAAUGAUGUUGAAGGACUACUUCAACAAUAUGGACAAGUCAUCUCGACUCGCAUUUUACGUGACACGUCAGGACAAAGUAAAGGUGUUGGAUUUGCAAGAAUGGAAUCCAAAGAAAAGUGUGAGCAAAUAAUUCAAAUAUUUAAUGGAAAAGCAUUACAAGGAGCUAAAGAUCCCUUGUUAGUUAAAUUUGCUGAUGGCGGAAAUAAAAAAAAAUCAAUGUAUAAAAGUACAAUGUGGAGAGACACUGGAGAAAAUAUGACUAUGAAUUAUGAUGCAAGUGGAGUUGGUCAGAAUGGUGUUGCCACAGCUCAUAUGUUACCUACAGCAACUUUAACUCAAUAUGGUCGUCAUUAUGGUCAAGCUGUCCCUGGCUAUAGCGUACCAGGAGCUCCUUGGGUCACACCAUACCUUGUGCAGCCCGCGCCGCCUCAUAUGCAACAGAUGAUGCCAUCUGCAGAUCCUAGUAAUCCUCAAUACAGUAUAAUUCCUCAGCUUACAACACAAAUGUCUACAAUGCAUCUUGGCACUGGUUCCUACAUAGCAAGUCCUCAUCCCUACUCUUAUACUACUUAUCCUCCACCUAGCAUUAUCCAUCCAAUACCACUGGGCGAUUCUGAACAGACCAGUAAUGCAGCAUCUCCUGAUGAUUCUUAUCAGCAGUACCAAGCUCAGCAGCCCAAGUAGGAUACGGUUUAUAGAUACGAAUAUGCUGAGGGCUACAUAAGUUAGAAACGGAUACACAUGCUGAACACAAGGGAUUAUUAUUAACGAAGAAUAGAAUGAGAUAAAUACAUAACAUAAAGUCAGAUAAGAUUCUUCCUCAUGAUAAAUUGACUUGCCAGCCAUCUUUUAUACAUUUUAUCCAUCAGCUAAAUAGGUGAAAGUAGUUAAUAUUUUGCAACGAGUCAAGAAAGGAUAUUGACGUAAUAUGGGGUAUGAGACUGGCGUGUCUUCUACAUGUUCGACACUAGUUCGACUCUUUACACUGUACCAGCACAUUAUAUGACAGUGACAAACUGAUAUUUGCAAUGAACAGUUUAGUGUCAAGCUGAUAGGCUUCCAGGAUAACUUUAGGUAUUACAUAUACUAAGGAGACUAUGAGUCGAAGCUGAAGGCUCGAGAAUGUGAAUAAAUAUUUUAACAAAAAUGUAAACUAUGAAAACGCUGCUCAGAAAUAUACGAAAGAGAAUUCUUCCCAAGAGUAAUAAUAAUAUAAUAUUAAUAAUAAAAUAAUGAUAUAUAAGAAUAAUAAGAAUAAUAAUAUACAGAGAGCACUUCCAAUGCUAGAGUUGAUAAAAAUUCAGAUUCAGUAUGGUUGUAAAUCAGUACCAACCGGACUUGUGCCAGCUGGCUGGCCGGUGGCUUGGCUGUAAGAGAAGGGAGAUACCAUUCGCGUAACGAAUUUCAACGACGUGCGAAACUCCUCAUUCACAGCACAUGCUACUCCACCCGCUUACCGCACUUUUAUCGGUUUAUUUUCGUUCAGACAUUCCAAGCCAGGUACAUGUGUGUACUGCCACGUGGAUAUAUCUUAAUCUAAUACUUCUACGAUAUUUCACGUUCUGUUUUAAUCACGAACGAUACAUUUUACUAAGAAAAAAAGCAACACACAAGAGAGGAAAGCUUUGUUUCUAAAAGUCUUCAGAAUUAUAAUAUACAAUAAUUAUUGCACGUGAACGAAAAAAACAUAGUACUCUUUAGAGAGUGUUAUAUUUAUGAGUACAGUUACUAUGAAUCGAUAUCAGUUUUAAUUGUACAGUAAAUGCAGAUAUUUUUUUUAGAAUUGUGCCUUUUCAGACAAAUCCACUUAGACAGGGAUAUGCUGAAAAAUAUUAUAAUAUAUUUUUAACAUCGGAAUGUAAAUGUGAAACCUGAGCCAAAUUUUGAUCUUCUAGUUAAGAGAAUAUAAUUGUUUUUGCGUUGUAGCCAGUUAAUCAACUAUGUUUGUUUUUGAUUAUGAAUUUGAUAGAUUUUGUAUGUAUAGUUGCCACUAACGGGAUUGGUAAAAUGAAACAUCAGGUAGUGUCGGAGGAGUUGCAUAGAGAAAGAAAAAAAAAAAAUUAAGAAAAGAAAUCAAAUGGCGGAUUCUUGUAAUCGAAACGCGUGCCGCCCGAGAAACUUAGUAAGCUUUGUUACGACGGGAUAUGAUGAUAGUUAGAGUGUAAAUUAAUUUAUUAUAUCGAACGAACGAAUAAACGCGAUACUAAAUGAAUGAAGAUAAUGAACGAACGAUGGGGCGGUAGCGAAAAAAUAGGCGAGAAAUUUCGGUGAAGUGUGGAGUGGAGUGUAUAAAACAAAGUAUAUGAAAAAGACUCUCAAACGACGAUGGUAUAGAAAAAGGGGGGGGGAAGAAAAAAGAAAAAGGUUCUCUCCCUAUGUUUUCCUACCUCUCUCCGGUCGUCGUCGUAUAUCCGGAAAAGUUUCACGUCGUUGUCAGACUUAGAAUCGAGUCGAGGAACGAUUUAGCAGAAAGCUUUCUACCAAAUAUGCGAGCUACGAGUGGCUCAUGUGACAUGUGGCGGACAGGUAGUUAGAUAGAGUUAGAGGCGAUCGUAGCUAUUAUUAUAAUAUUACAAUAAUAUGCUGUAUUAUUAUAAUUAACGAUUACUAUUAUUGACGACAUCUAAAAUAUGAAAGAUUUUUACACUGUUGAGACUUGAAGUAAAUAAUAUAUUUAGUUUAUUUUGGUACAUCACGAUUUGAUGACAAGAGAUAAAAAAUGAAAAAAUGGUAUGAGCUAUUUUUUAAAAGACCGAUUAUUACUCGAUUUGAGUCCAUGCAUUAAGAGAGAAAGGGGGGAGAGAGAGAUAGAAAGUGAGAAUAAGAAUAAGAAAGUAAAGGAGAAAAAAGAAAAAGAAGAAAAAAGGAUGAAGAAAUGAAAGAAAAGAAAAAAAAAUGGAUAAAAAGGAAAGAAAUUGGAGGAAGCAACGAAGGAGAAAAAGAAAGAAGAGAGGAUAAGAAAAGAAAGAAGCGAAAGGAGAACCUAUUUACGAGUGUGUAUUGUUCCAGAAGCGAUUGUCACCACGACUGACAACAAAAUCACAUGUGAUUAAAUAGUGAAUUUUGAGAAUUUUACUAAUAAACUUGUACUAAAUAACUAAUAAUUAUUGUGACGACCAAACAAAGAAAAAGGAUUAGUGCUGACUGAGCGUGAAAAGAUGCUCCGGCCGAGGCGCCCAUGCGGAUUAAAAAACGGAGAGCCGCGGAUCGGGAGGGAGAAAGAAAGAGAAAGAAAGUGAUGAGAAAAAAGAUAUAAAAUUAUUGUAUAGAACGUGAAGAAAGGAAAGGAGCACAGCGACAAGUUGUGUGUAGCUAGUGUUGACUAUGAAUAGGCUAGGCAACCAUUUUGAUUAAGAAUAAAAGUAACCGAAUAAGCGAUUAAAGUUAGGUAAAGUAAAAUUAGCGAUAGUUAGAAUAUAAACUGCCUCGCUCCCUACUCGAUCGCAGGGGGCUAUGGCACCGUUCAGCCUAUGCACCUCGCACCCGUCAAGACUGACUGGCUAUUCAUAUUAAUAAUAAAUAUAUAUUAUUAUUCUACAACAUAUUAUGUCUACUUGUAAUAUAAAUAGUAAGGACUGCUUGCUGCGCACCGCGGGUCGGGUGCUUGGGCUGGCCGGCUAUGGUUUACACAACCAUUUUGGAAACUUCGUUUCCAAGCAAUGCUGCUUUCCGUAAAGCUUUCUUUAGAAUUCUAGCGUAGAAUCUAUUAGAUCAGAUAACGUGUAGUUGUAGGUUAAUGUAGACAAAAAAUGAAAAAAACGUAGAGUGUUUUUAAGUAAAUCAUGUUAGUCGAUAUCGGCUUAAGAGAAAGAGAGAGAGAAAGAAUGGAUGGAUGAAUGAAUGGAUGGAUGGAUGGAUGGAUGGAUGGGUGGGUGGGUGGGUGGAUGAAUGAAUGAAUGAAUAAAUGAAUUUAUGAGCUAGAGAGCAAAUGGGGGAGAGAGAGAGCUACUUGCAAGAAUGAAUGAACAAAGCAGAUAAAAGAAGAAAACGAGUCCAUGUUGACUCGAUGUUAUAUCGAGAACAUGAUCGUACUUCGACUUGUACAGUCUUUAGUUUACGAAGUUUGAAGUCAUUGUUUUACAUUGUUAAGCAAAGGUUGUAGUUUGUAAUGAUCUUGAUUUCUAUCUAUUUUGAACAUCCUAUUUCCCCGUCCCCGCGAAUCAUCCCAUGCCAUUCCCUUUUCCCGUUUUCUUUCUUUUUUCUAUUUCUAUUUUAUUUUGUUGUUUCAUUUAAUGUACUCAAUUCCUUUAUGUUGAUAAUUAAUAAUGAAAGAUGGACAUGUAAUUCUCCAAACAACAUAACACUGUCUGCUUAUUAUUAUUCUUUUUUUUCUUUCCACUAUAUAUAUAUUGUUAUGCGGUGUGCGACCAAUGAGAACCCAAACACGAAAACGACGUUGGAGACUUACGCGUACAAGGAUCGAUUUAUACAGAUUCAGAUACUUUAAGAUGGCGAGGUAUAGCACGUAACGAAACUUAGAUUAAGGCAAGUGUGUCAUAGCUAAUUAAGAUAGGGACUCUUAGAAGUCGAUAGGUGCUGUAAUAAAACAAAGUUUAACAACGGUCAGAAUUAGAUUUUCCAUGAAACUUGAAUAAGGACAGGGCAUAAGCCACACUAAAAGUGCCCUUAGUUUAUUUUGGAUCGUUUAAAAACGCUAGUCUUUGUGUGAGAUAAUGUGGGGGUUAGAUAGGAUCUUCUAGAACAGAAAAAAAACAAAACAAAAGAAAAAAGAGUGAGAAAAUGAAAAAAUGUAAGCGCACGCGCGAGAGAGAUUGAGGGAGAGAAAGAGAAAGAAAGAGAGAAUGUGUGAGAAAGAGCACGUGGUGUGUAGGUAUAUGCAUACAUUCACUAUGCAUACUUCAAAAUCAUCUGCCUAUUACACGACACCGACUGCAGACACUGUUACUGUAAAACUGCACACUGCGAGUGCACGCUCUCUGCCAUCCUAUACGUUGUAUAGGAACGUGCACCGAUCAGUCUUAGAGUUACUUACGACUAUGGUUUGGUAUAUUCAAAAUGAAAAAAAAA